AUGUCCGAUAACGUUGCUCACGCCCUCGCUGGUAUGUUGUGUGCCGGUGGUGGUAUGGUCAGUAUGGCCUUGACGUACCCUUUGACCACGCUGUCGACCCGGUCGCAGGUCAGCAAGGGCGGAAACCGGCCCAGCCAAGCCGAUGUGCUGAAAAAGGUCUUGAAGGAGGAGGGGCCUAAGGGUCUUUACUCCGGCAUCAACUCCGCCAUGUUCGGCAUCGCCAUCACCCAAUACGUGUACUACUACUGGUACGAGUUCGUCAAAGCCGCCCUCGAGAAAGCCGCCGACAACAGGUCUCUCACCAUCGGCGAGAACAUGCUCACGGGCGCCCUCGCGGGAGCCGCCACGGCAACGCUCACCAACCCGAUCUGGGUCGUGAAUACCCGCCAGGUCGUCAAGAAGAGCGAUGAUGAGAGUGGGAAGACGGUGGUGAAGAAGUUGGGGACUAUCCAGACUGCUAAGAAGAUUUUGAGGGAGGAGGGGCCUAAGGGAUUCUUCCAAGGCAUCCUCCCCGCCCUGAUCCUGGUCAUUAACCCAGUGAUCCAGUUCACGGUCUUUGAGCGUCUGAAGGGCUACCUCCAGAAGCGCAAGCCAGCCCUCAGCGGCCUCGAUUUCUUCAUCCUGGGCGCCAUCAGCAAGCUGGCCGCAACGUCCAUCACAUACCCUUACAUCGUCGUAAAAUCGCGCAUGCAACUCAAACAAUCCACCGACGACAACCUCCGCUACAAGUCCGUCCUCGACGGGUUCCAGAAGAUCAUCCGCACCGAGGGCGCCAAAGGGCUGUACAAGGGCAUCGAGUCCAAAUUGCUGCAGAGUGUGCUGGCGUCCGCGUUCACGUUUGCGUUCAAGGAGGAGUUUUUCAGCACCGCUACGUGGCUUUUGGUGCUUUUGAGGUUGAGGACGGGGGCUUUGCCUGUCGGCGUUGCUGGGACUGAUAAGUAGCGGGGGAAAAAGAGAGGAGUGCGGGGAAUGGUGGGUGGAGCCGGGAGAGCGGAGAAGCGGAAUCGCUGAGAAGGCAGAUGAGGCGAGGGUUAAUGCUUACGCCGGCCGGUGGACACCCGUUUUGACCCUCCCCGUCCGCCCGAACCCCACCACCCCCUCAGAACAAUGUGUACAUCAUAGCCCUCUCUUGCUUUGUUUCUCUUGGUUUGCUUUGUGUAAUUUUCUUCGUGUUGGACCGUACCUUGGUUCGGUUCAGAAUUCUUCAUAUAUUGGAAAAAUAUGGUCAACCUACUAUAUGCUAUGGGAGUGCGCUGCCAAACCCGAUGACAUCUCUACAUACGCUCUUCCCUUGCCUACGCGUCCUAUCCUAAUUCAAGCUA